ACACUCCUGCCUCCUUGUGUGAGAACGGGAAGAAAAGGAUGUCAGCAAUAGGAAAGUCUAAGAACGAGCCUGGUCUGAACUACAUUUCCCAAGAUCCCCGACUGUGAUGGCCGUAUAUACAACUACGUCAUAUUCGCUCCGACGCAGAUGAACUGUUCAUUUAAUCCUGUGCCUCAGUUUAAGGUGCGUAUUGAUUCCUCGCGUGCCUGCAGCCUGGACUGUUAAUGGCGUGUCCUUUCAGUCACACAGCAGCGGAUCUGAACCCGUCCCUCCUGCCUCUCGACUGGCUGCUGGGUACCUGGGAGUCAGAUGAACCUGGAGAGGGCUGUUUUCCGACCAUAAAACCGUUCCGCUACACCGAGACCCUGACGUUCAGCCAUGUGGGACAACCUGUCAUCAACUUCACGUUCAAUGCCUUCCAUGCAGAGACGAAGAAGCCUCUGCACCGGGAGUGUGGCUUCAUUCGAAUGCAGCCGGGAACCAACCGAGUGGCCUUCAUGAUCGCACAGAAUUCGGGUCUGGUGGAGAUUGAGGAGGGAGAGCUGACGGCGCAGCAGCUGAACCUGCAGAGCCAAGCGCUGGCCAGAGUCUCUUUCGCCCGAGAGCCGCAUGUCCAAAAGAUUUCUCGAGUGAUUCAGCUCCAACCAGAUGGGAGGCUGGAGCAGACGGUUUCCAUGGCAACGGACAACCAACCACUGAUGCAGCACUUGCACAUCACCUACCGUCGGCAGGCUGCCUUUACUUAGACGCACUUUGGUCAGAAGAGAUACAUGUUGCCCAAAUAAGGGCACGUGAUCAAUAAUCAGGGUUUAGUCACAUAAUCAUAUAAUCAGUUUAAGUUAAUUCAAUAAAUGCAGUAAUACGUGAGCAUUGUUUAAGGCACUACAGAUGUGGAGUUCAUGUUUACGUUCAGCUUUACUCUUCAAAGCAUGACUGUUCACAUGUUUGCUAGGAAACAGACUUCAUCUCUGCCUUUACUAAGAUGUCUUUAUAUCUUGGCAUUUUACCACCACCUGGAAGUUACAAGGAUUGAAACUAUUACAAGAGCCCUAACAACACCUUUGUGAACCUUUUUAAUCCAAAAGAAAAAUAAAUAUUUCAUGUUACACUUAAGGGCCUUGCUUUAGUACAGAUGCUCGCCUCAUCUUAAUGUGUAUUGUCUGGAUAUUUAUUCUUGGAGCUGUAAAGCUUAUAAAGCACUGACUGAAUUAUUGUGUGUAGUCUCCUUAACUUUACUUUCAUUGCACCAUGUUCAGAUUGAAAGCUUAAUUAACUCCUCUCCUACUGGAGUCGAUGAGAAUUGUUUCAGUAAAAGUCAUGAGUUUGGGGUUAAAAAUGUUUCAACAUUUUUCUUGUCUUUCAGCAGAGGUCAUAUUAAUGUAUUUGUACUUAUACAGUCGUCAAUAAGAGAAUUAAAGUUAUGUAACUCAU